AUGGCAGCUUUCCAACCUCGAAUGUCCCCGGUCCGGGCACUUAAACACCGCCCUUGGCCACUGUCAAGGGUGGUCAUUCCCAAACUUCCGGUAAACGAAGCCAUCGAGGAGGAAUGUACGCCGUACUAUGAUCCUGCGCGAUUUUAUCCCGCACGACUAGGGGACGUUCUUAAUCACCGGUAUCAACUGGCGACGAAACUCGGUUAUGGUAGUAACUCAACUAUCUGGCUCGCUCGGGAUAUAAACCAGUUUUUUCUCCACGUACUCCACAUCUCGAGCACAUCUGCUAAUGCUUGGUACAGAUGGCGCUGGUUGAGAGAGAAAUACGUUGCUCUCAAGAUAAAUUCAACUGCUCAUCAUUCUCGAAAGAACGCCACUCAAGCUGAACUAGACAUCCUAAAACACCUCUCUGAAGCAAAUCCCCUGCACAAGGGUUGGGGAUUCGUCAGACGUCCUCUCGAUUCAUUCACUUUAAAGGAUGGGUUGGCGAGACAUCUCAGUUUUGUCUUUGAACCUUUGCGAGAACCCCUCUGGAUAUACCGCCAAAGGUUCAUCGGUUAUGUGAUACCUUCAGAUGUGCUGAAAAUAUUGCUUCAAAUGAUGCUUCAUGGACUUGACUACCUCCACUCUGAGUAUUUGAAACCAGAAAAUAUAAUGAUCAAAGUUGAGGAUCCGUCUAUCUUGGAGAACUCUGCCAGAGAUGAAUACGAACAUCCUCUACCGCAGAGGAGUAGCUCAGAUGGCUGCACAAUAUGUCUCUCUCGGAAUGACUUCGGCAUCUCCGAAAAGAUCACGGGCAUAAUCCAAAUCACUGACUUCGAUUUAUCUGUCCGCGGGGAUAGGCCAAACAGUGGGUGCAUCCAGGCGGAAAUAUACCGAGCCCCGGAGGUUAUUCUGGAUGCAGGCUAUUCUUAUGGGAUGUUCUUGAAGGCAAGAAAGCUAUUCGAAGAGGUCGAUCCCCUCCAAGUUCAAGAAUAUGAUGAGCUUAACCACCUUGGCCAUAUCUCUGCAUUGUUAGGCCCUCCUCCAAAGGAACUUCUAGACAAGGGAACAAGAACUGAUCGUUUUUACAGAUCUGACAGACCAUUCAGAGGCAGGAUUAUUGCACCAUCGGACUUCAACUUUCAAGAUUCAAUAUGCAACAUACACAAUGAGGAUAAGAGGAUGUUCAUCGAGUUCGUACAAAGGAUGAUAAAAUGGCACCCAGAAGAGCGAAGUACUGCAAAGGAAUUACUACAGGAUCCAUGGCUUUAUGCGGAUUUUGAUGAAGAUUGA